CACCGUGGUAUAAAACGCAUCACAAUGUAGAUCACCACGUGAUUUAAUAUGAAGACUGCAGCGAUUUUGGUGGUGGUGGUGUGUGCUGUGGCUUCUGGUCGCCUUAUAAAGCGGGACUAUGAAAACAGCGACUAUGUGAACGGUGGAAGCGGACACGGACGCGACAGCGACGAGCAGGACGCCAGCGUGAGCCGGGAAAACAUCGGCGAGUGCGGCGGUGUGGUCGGAAAAGGGUACGACGUCAGUCCUGAAGUAGCAUACAAUCGGGACGGCCGAGCGCCCGUUGAAGAGCACCACGGCGCCGGAGGCGGGCAAGCGUUUUCCAAAGCGUCCGCCACCGCUUCCGCUUCCUCCAGCUCUUACAACAUGAACCACAAGACAAACCUCAUCCCUGUGUAAUCAAAAUUAUCACAGUUAUGCUUUUUCAUAAAAAAUAUAUUAUAUGAAUAUUCAUUUUCAUUUUGGCUGAUUUUAUCCAUCCUACUAUUGAAUAUAGCGGCGUA